AUGAACCACACCACCCCAGAGGAAAUGGUCUCUUUUUUCGGUAAAGUGGCCGAGUACCCACACGACUCUGCUUUUUGGCAAGAGUCAUGGACUUCCCCUGUGAAGAGUCGGAAAGGGUCCUAUUCCCUUGACAAUUCUUUUUCCUAUGAAGACCCAUCGGACCAUGUUAUUGAAGCAAAUAAAAGCAUGUUGGACAAUUACAUAUCUUCCCUGAUGUACUGUCAACAAAAUCCGUUUAUCACGAAGUAUAAUAUUAUCUCAAUAACACCCAAAGAAACAAUACUCGAAAUCGAAAUGAACAUUUUGGGAGUGAACAAAGUCGCUGUUUGUCUGAAGCAGACUGUGAUCAAUGUGAGCAACAAUAAAUCCUUCCACAUCUUUUUUAGUAUCACUGACAAUCGAUCCAAAGUGAUCCCCUUUCGUGAUAACCAAUACUUGUGCUUGUGUUACAUCUUCGAACGAAUGACUACACAAUACGUGAAAAUAACUGCCGUUUCUAAAGUUAUGCCAAUCCCUUGGUGCCAUCCAACCGACGUCAAACAAGGUCUCCGACGACAAGCAACCAACGACAUCCGUAUUUUCAAAACCCUCACAGAGCUUCCAACCCUAAUUAAUGUCGAAGUCCCCGAAUACGUUAUAUUAGAGAGAAAAGGGUUUGAAGCAAUGAUCCAGAAAAGGACUGUUGGGUCUGUUCUCAUACAAACGGAGGAUUACACCAUCACAGAAAUUUCAAGACUGAAAGACGAAAUCAAUUUAUUUUGUUCUGGCAUGUUCCGCAAACGUGUUGCAAUGCACUUGAACACCGACACGUUGAUUGAAUGUGUAUUCAAAAACAGUUUCAGACUCGUCGAAUACUCCGACAAAGACAUUGGAUUUUUCGUGUUAAAGAACCCUAACAGUCAACACGGCAACAUCACCGACAAGAUCAACGUCUCCGCAUUUUAUUACUCGGACGAGUGUGUUCUGUACCAUUUGAAAUCGACUGCGCACUUCCUCGACAACAACGAAGAGUUCAAUUAUUCGUUCUUUAAUAACGCUUAUGUGAUGAUCUUAAAAGACAUCGACGGGUAUUGGAACGUCCAAUUCGAAAUCGAUUUCACAGAGAAGACGUCUGGCCUCUCCUUAAACACUAUGAAGCGGUUUUUAACAAGCAUCAAAGAAAGUCUUGGGUCUUCCAACGCCGAGAUGACACAUCGCCUCCCCACACUCCAAUUCUCUGUUCGUGAAAAGUCCAAGCCAAUCGGUCAUUCCUUCUUUGUGACUAUGCAAAGGUCGUCCCUCAUCCAAAUCUGUUUGAUGCUGAGCAAAAAGGACGUCAGAAAUUUACGAACGACGUGCAAGCAGAUGUACUCCCUUCUGUCCAAUAUGACGACUUCGGAAGACGAUAUGGAGGCGCAAGACAAACGGACGAAGACUGAUGAGAGUCUUGAGAAACGAAGUCGCAACGAUGAAGAGAGUAUUGAAGAGUUCUAUGACACCACGCGCACUUCCACAACAUCAAACGGCCACGAGAUCUCUCGCAACUUCAUCCCAAAUUACGGCAAUUUCCCAACACAGUCAAAGACGUUACAAAUCGAAGAACUUAAAGAGGAUUUGACUUACGACUUCUCCGUGGCUUCCACCUUUCAAACGGAAAUUGAAGAAGAAAAUGACAAGAAGGACAUGAUCACUAUCAAUGCGCACAACAACGUGGUGCAUUCCGUUGGGUUAAACACAGAAGGCGACUUCUUUGUGUCUGGGUCUUCUGAUCGGAAGGUCAAAGUCUUUGAUUUGAACGCUAACCCAAUCACUGGCCGGGGAUUACUUGGCCCAAAUGGGUCAGUCAUAUUCACUGCGUUUGUUGAAAACACCAUCUGCGUCGCAUACAAACGAGGCACAGUAAAGUACUUCAUCGAAGAUAAUAAAGAGCCUGUCAUCUUCGAUUCGAUCGCGGGGAGAAUCGACGGGUUCUUUCCUAUGAAGAACUACGAGUUCAUGACGUGGAGCGACAACGUCCAAAUAGUGAAGUACCAAAACUUCAGACAAAACAUCAUUUGUUCGUACGAGGAACAUUCGAAGAAAGUGACGGCCGCAUGUCCAUUCAAUGAAUUCACCUAUUUAUCAGGAUCUUCAGAUAGAACACUCCAUUUGUGGGACAUCAGAGACAAAAAACGCAUCGCAGAGUUAAAACCACAUAAAAGUGGUGUUGUUGGUAUCAACAAAUUGAACCAAAUAUACUUCUCAAGCUUCGGAAGUGAAAAGGUGUUGUGUGUAUGGGACAGUAGAAUGCUCAAAUUGCCUGUUAUCUCUCUUGAAAAUGGCGUCGAGGCAUUAUCGACGGAUCAAGACCAUUUUGUGGCUGCUUGUAGUGAUUCCGUUGUUAAAGUGUAUUCAAUGAAGACUUAUAAAGAAGUUUGUCAGUUGGCGUGUAAUGUUCCAGAGUCGUCGUUUACUGCUGUUGAUAUGAAAAAUAAGGUAGUAGUAUGUGGGACAAAAAUUGGAGUUGUAGCUGUUGGCAAGGUAUGCUAUUAA